AUGCCACGAGCAAGUCGAGGACGACGAGGACGCAAGAACGACUCUAGCAGUUCCGAGGAGGAAGAAGCAAGCAGUAGUUCCGAGGAAGAACCAGACGAGUCGGAGAGUGAAGCGUCCAACAGCGACAGCGACGAUGACGAGUCUGCGAAGGAUCAAGGCGACAGCAGUGAUGACGAUGAAGAGUCUACGGUUCAGAGUGACAAUGAUGACGAUGACGAUGAAUCCACAGUUCAGAGUGAACCAGAGUCGUCGGAUGACGAGUCGUCUGCUGUGGAAUCAAAUUCCGAUUCUGACGACGAUGAUGAUGAACCAGAAAGGCGGCGAUCGAGCAAAAAGAAGAAGAAACCUCCUCCCAAGAAACAAAAACAACGACAACCUGCGCCAGUAGUCAGUGACAAUGAUGAUGAAUCUAGUGAGGAACAACAGCAAGAACAAGAAGUAGAAGAAGAAAUAGAAAAACAACCACCUGAAGUAGAACAAAAAGAGGAGGAAAAGGAAGAAAAACCACUGCGAGUAGUGGAUUUGGAUGCGUUGGAAGAAGAACGGAUUCAACACGAAGAAAAAAUGCUCCCCUUUUCCAUUUUCACCAAACGCAAGGCACUCGAUCCUUUGAAAGAAGACCUUUUGUCGGGUUCCAUUCACGACGUGGAAGUCGAAGUGAAGGAUUUGACGGCGGAAAAGGACGACACGGACGAUUUCCUAGCGUCGCUCCAUAUGAGUUUUCAAGCCAUUGCCACACAAUUGGAAUCGACCGAAGGCGAUGACGAUUUAUUGCCCAAUAGUGAUGAUGAUGAUGAUGAAGCGUCGUUUGGAGAAGACGACAAUGACAACAAACCAAAAAUAGACGACGGAACCAAUGACAAAGUGAACCAAGAGGAAGAAGAGGAGGAGGAGGAGGAGCAAAGUUUAGAGGAAAUGGUACGAGAACAUGCUGGCGAAGAUGCCUUGCCCAAACUGGAUCAAGACGACAACGACGAUGAUAGUGACGACGACGAAGAGGAAGAAACUCAAAUGCCGGCGCUACCAGAUUUUUCCGAGUCAAAUGCAGACGAACCUUCAGGCGACGAAGAGGAAGAGGAACAGCCGCCAGAAGAAGAAGAAGAGAAAAAAGCUGACCAAGAAGUCAAGCCGGAAAAGAAAAAGGAUGGAGCACCGCGGAAGCCACCCCGCAAACCAAGAGGAGGAGGAGGAGGCGUCAAACGAGUCCGAACCAUGCCCUCUCGACCGGGAGAAGCAAACUUGUUCUUUGAUUGGAGAGAAUUUGCCAAAACUGGAAAAAUACCAAACAAGCCACUCAUUGCCGCCAGCGGCGACAACAACAAUCUCCUGGACACUAGUAGUAUUUCAUCGCAUGGGGAUACUAUGGACCAAUCCAAGCAAAGCGUAAAUCCUGCGGAAGACGACGACGAAUCCUCGGAGAAUGAUGGUUCCAUGCGAGACAGCAGCAGCAAGCGGUCUCGGCGUAGCUCGGCGGCCCCUGCAAGAUCCAAGAGUAAAGAUCAAGCAGGUACUAGCAGCAAGGGCGGUAGAAGCAAGAGAAUAUUACGGUCCCAAACUGCACCUCCUGGAAGAAUCCGACGACCAGGUGAAGAGUUCUUUGAUUGGAAAAAAUUUGCCGCCGAUCGGGCCAAACAAAAACGCAAACAAUGA